AUGAACCUCAACCUGUCAGGGACUCUGAACAUCUUCAAACUCAUCGCUCGACCUUCCUUGUGCCUCCCUCAUCACACCGUCUCAACCUUCAAUGAUCUUCCCAUUCCCCUGAACAAAGCCUUUGAGGGCCAUAGAAAAGCAGACAUUAGGGCGGUCGUGCUAGAUAAAGAUGACUGCUUUGCGAAGCCACACACAAACGAAGUGCAUCAUCCUUACGAGGAACGCUUCGAAGAGCUCAAAGCAGCUUACCCGGGCCGUCGUCUGUUGAUCGUGUCCAACACCGCCGGGGCGACGAGCUACGACAGGUCCCUCGCUCUCGCGCAGGAGCUUGAAAAGGCCACCGGGUUACCCGUCCUGUCUCACGCCACCAAGAAGCCGGGCUGCGGGUCGGACAUCAUGGACUACUUCAAGCAGUAUCCGGAGACGGGUGUGUCGCACCCCUCGCAAGUUGCGGUUGUGGGCGAUCGACUGGCCACCGACAUGAUGAUGGCCAACAUGAUGGGGAGCUGGGGCUUCUGGGUGAAGGACGGUGUGGUUGCGCCGAAUGAGAAGAGUGUUUUGUCAAGGUUAGAGUGGAGGGUGGCCGCGUUCCUGGCGGCUCGGAAUUGUCAUCCGCAGGAUCCCAGGAGUCCGUUCGAAUAA